AUGGUUUUAGUGUUUUCUGUGUUCUUUACACUUACUUUUUGCCUGAAAAUUUUAUAUUUAAUUAAGUUUUGGUGGUUGUUGAAGGGGAGAAAGAGAAAGUAUGUGAUCUUUAGGACACAUGUUUAUGGAUAUCCAAUAUGGAAGAUUGGUACUUGUGGCGAAUGCCGGAGAUUUGUUCUUUCCCGCCACGGAUUACCUUUUGAGAUGUCAAGAGAUAACCGUCCAUGUUGUCAUUCAGGUCAACACCAGGAAAAGUUAGUAUCCAAUGGCGCUGCAGUAAGUGAGGAAAAACAGGUGGAGGUAAAACUUUUGACCGGAGAAACCAAAAUUUGCAAGAGGACAUCAUAUAUGAUUGUGGAAAGAGCUUGAACCCUGAUGUGGAUUUUGGGACAUGUUGAAGAAGCUUUUAACGACAAAUAGAAAACUUAGACUUUAUCCAAAGAUGCAAGUCCAACAGGUGUGGUUGGGAGAGGAAAGUCAUGGUUAUUUUGUUGAAAAGAAAGAUAUGCAUAAGUUGUGGCAGGAGAAGGAGUAACUAUAUGUGAUGAUAUAUUGUCUUCAUUUUUAUGGGCAUUUCACCCCAACAAAAAAAAAAAUUCAAAAAAAUGUAACACCUCUAACCCAUGCGUAGCAUGGGUUCACCACCUAGUUAUUAUUAUAAUUGUUCAAGUAUUUCAUAUUAUCUAAUCGAGUAUAUAUUAUGAUGUGUCAGCAAGUCCACUCCAUCUAAGUAAGUAGUAGUAUUUUAAGCAGUUGUAUGUAU